GCAGUAGCAGUAGCAGCAGCAGUAGCAGCAGCAGCAGCAGCAGCCUGGACAGACGCUGUUCUGCCAGUCGCCCUCCUCAGGUGGUCGCCGGAGCAGAUACCACGCCAUGUUUGCGUUUUUGGUACUGCUGUGUCAACUACACGUGAUGAUGUUUGCAUUUCCUCACUGCACAGGGAGAUUAAACAACUUGAAACAACCUGAAUGGAAAGAUGUGUUUGCAUCAGAAAAGGAGGCCAAUUUAUUCAUUGGACGACAUCUUCUGAAUAACAGAUUUGAUUUUGAAGCAUUCACAGCAGAUAACCUGGAAAGAGAAUGCUUUGAAGAGCUGUGCAAUUAUGAAGAAGCGAGAGAAAUUUUUGAAGACCCUGAUAAAACGAUGGACUUUUGGAAAGACUAUUCAACUAAAGGCCCCAAAAUAAAAAUAGGUGAUGAGACACUACAGAAGAUUAAUGUUACAGGACUUCUCAUCAGUCUAGUUGCUGCUGGAGUACUGUUAGUUAUAAUUGUACUGCUUAUCUUCUACUGCUGCAAAAGCAGAUGCAAAUCAAGGCAACCACCAGGGUACUUGGAUUAUGCAAGAAACAGAAGACGUAAUUCAUCUAGCAUCUUCAGAAGGCAUGAAGAAUUGUCUUUAAACCCACUUCCUCUCAGAACUGAUGAUUCAGGACUACCAACUUACGAGCAGGCAGUUACUUCAGAUGGACAACACAACGUGCCACCACCCCCUUAUCCAGGGCCCCCAAAAGGGGCACGGAUGUUUAAGAAGUCUAUGUCGUUUCCUGCCCCUUAGUCACGAACCUCCUUUUGGGGUGAGGGGGGAUUACGGAAACACAACAUACUUUUUUAAGAAAGUGUGUGCUACCUUGCAUAUUGCAAGACAGUUUACAAAAAUGUGAAAGAUCUUUAGCACAAUCAGGAACAAGUGAAGGUCCCAUUUGGGAAAAGAGGUGAUCUGUUGCAAAGUCCACAGGACUAUUCUUUGCACAAGGUUAUUGCGCUAAGAGGAGGGAACACAUGAAGAGUAACUCUUGUACUGCCACCCUCUUCCAUAUGCACUUUGAGCCAUCCCAUGAUGUUUCAUUAAUAGUUCAUCUUUUUGUUUUUUCUUCAGAAGGAACAGUAUUUGAAUUGGUUUUAUUGACACAACCUUUUUUUUGCGACUAUUAAUACUUUAAACCACCGUAAGACAUCUAGUUUGUCAUUUGAUAUAUUUACUUCAUUGCUGUGUGAAUUUUCUAGUCAUUCUAGUAAUAGAUUUGAGUAUGAAAGUUAUUUCAUGAUUUGAUCUUUCAAAUGUAUAUCUGUUACUGCUUCUGCAUUACACUGGUUUGUUUUAGACAUUGCUGGUUAACACACUACUCAAUUUGUUGCAUUUUUGUGAUUAUAAUUUUGGAUGAAAAUGAACCAUUAAUUGCAUGGCACAUUACCCAUUCAGACAAAGUAUACUUUUGUCAGACGGUUUUGAUGUUCAGCACUAAAUACUAAGUUGAAGUGAAUAAAGAGAGUACUAUGGGUCAGGGGAUGUUAAGCAAAUACAGAUUUGUCCCUUGUUAAAAAAGUAGCCAGGUUUCAUAGAUACUGUUUCUCUUGCAGUUUAAAAAUUUAAAUGUUGAAAAAGACAUUUAACUUGUGGAAUCAAAGGCUAAACUACCCCACAGAAGCACUCUGCGUAAGUAUAUAUUGCCCUGCUGGCACGACAAAAUGAUAUCUUUAAGUAGACUGAAACAUCAUAUUAGAUAAAUAACCAGCAUCCACAGCGCAACAGUCAAGAAUUUCAUGGACUUGCUGGUUAACUCCAUCAACACAACUUCUGUAUCUCCAGUUGUAGCCACCCUUAAUUUUACAUCUUAUUAAAAUAUCAAUCCACAGCAUUAUAUGGCCUACAGCUCUAGCUGAGCAAGUCACAGACCAACAUUGCUGUCCCUUUACCUCCUAGUCAAAUAGCACUGUAGUGAAAAAGGCUUCCUGUAGCCACAGGAAGCUGGAUUAGAGAGGCUCACAGGCAACAUGUUGGGCUGGUGUUUUCUUGUAUUACAGUAAUCUUAGAGUUGGACACAUGCAAUGAAGUUUUUUUAAAAAACAACAAAUUCUACCCCCCUCCCCCCCAUUUGACCAGUGCUGACAACUGCAAAUGGUAUUUUAAUUUGGUGCCUACAAUGCACUUUAUAAUAUAAAGGUUGACUAUUUAUAUGUAACAUUUCACUGAAUUUUAUGGUUUUUAACAUGGUAGAACCUACAGAGCUAUUGAGUGAGAUGCAGAGGAUUGCUAUGAGAUUUUUAAUACGUAGAUGCUUUUGUGAAGAAGAAGAUGCUCCAACUGUUGGAAUAUAAAGAGGGUACAUUAAAAAUGCUACACAAGGAGGUCUUGCCCUUUGAAAAAUACAUACAACCCAGCUGGUAUCAGUGAACAUAGGACUCUUCUUAUUUGUAAAGCCUGAGUAUCAGAUUUGGCUUUUGACAAGUCACAAACCUCUUUGCAGCUUCUUUCUUCUUGAGAGAUGGGGGAAUCCCCUUGUUGGGAUAGCUUCAAUUCACUGUGGUCCUACUUGUAAAAGCAUUUUGAAGUUCUUAGAGGUUAAUAUUCUGUAAGACUGAAAUUAGCAAAUUGUGAGAGAUCAUCUUUGAUAACCAAAAUACAGAGUUAUGAUGAAGCUAUGGAAUUAUAAGCUUGCAAAAACAUUUCUCCCAUAUUUCCAUUUAGCUAACAAUUUUUAAAUUUGUUAAUGUGCAUCUUGAGCUGUAGAGCACGCUUUUCUCUAGAUUUUUCCUGGGACUCAAAAAUGACUAAUUUAAUGGGACUGAUAGGGGCACUUUUAAGGAGAAGGAUUUCACAGGACUUGUGAGAGUUCAGAGAUUCUUUAGCGUUACUACAGUGAUGUAUGCAUCUCGCAAAGUCACGUUUUAAAUAAACUACAGAAAUUGUACAGAAACCUAUUUAAUCACUUGAAAUUUGAUUAUUCUACUAUUCCUACAAAUCAUUUGCAAAUGAUUCCACACAAAGCAAGCAAAAAUCUUGACCUUCAUAAUUAACAUAAAAAACUUAUGAUGGUGUAACUGUUAAACAUCAAUGCUGUAAGCUUUUGGGGCAGUAAACUCCACCUUCUGCAGGGUAUAACACUUCAAAUGUAGUCAAAGAAUCUUGUUUGGCUUGUGUUUGGUUUUCUUCUUUCAUACAUUGACUCCUGGCCCAAGACACUUACCUUGAUUCUCGUCACUUUUUGGAACUCCUGAUUCAUUGGGGUUAGAGGAAAAAAAUCAACAAGAGGUUGACUAUGGUGACUUGUGAAUUCAGAAGUGUCGCCACAUUUCUAAGUUUUACAUGUGGUCUCCUUUGAAAAUGCAGUUGCUAUUAGAAUAUAGAAAACAGCAAAUAUAAGUGUCCUGAGGUGGGAGGAGGAGGUAGUUUUUGAGCAAAGCUGCAGCAAGUUUAAUCUAAUUUGUGUACAGAUGUAAAUCAUCAGUGUUUUGACUUCCAGACAUUCUUUCAAGGGCCAGUAGGAAAGGCAGUGGAUUUUAAGUGAAUUAACAGAGAUCUACUACGACAGUUGAAAACAGAAGUGUCUAAACAAAACACUAGGAAAAAUUACAUAGUACUUAAAUUGUGUUUCUCUUAGAACAGGUUUAAACAUGUCAUACUACAUGCAGCUAGCCAUCACCUUGAACAAUUUUCCAAAAGCAUUCUGUGUUGCCCUUUCAGCACCAAACAAGCUUACAGCAUGCAACUUCUUAUAAAUUGGGACAGAUUAUUAGUUAGAGCAAAUAACAGGGUCAGAAAAGUAGCCUCUGUCAACUGAAAAAUAAAUCACUUAAUCUGUUUUUUUGCUUCAGUGAAACAAGCAAGCCUACUAUUUGAUUUAUCAAAUCCUCUAAUUAAUAGUAGUAUAAGGAGUAUGUAUGUCUAUUUUUGGGGGUUUUUUUGUGUGAAUUCAUUAGAAGAGCAAAACCAAAGUACCAAAUGAAAGCACAUUUCCUCACCACAGUUCAUGGAAACGUGAGUCAUGAAGCAUUUGAUUCAGCUGCUAUCAAAGUCUAUGGCAAGCUUUCUAUUGGCUUUAGCUGAACUGGGAUUGGAGCCAAAAAUUAAAUAACUGAUCACUUCAGGUAAUAAAAAGUAUAAUGCUCUGCCAAAUUAUUUACCACAAUGCUGUUGCCAAACCUGAUUUAGAGUAUUCUAUUGUUUUAAUAAUGCCUACUUACAUUAGCUAGAAUGUUUGAGGCUCAUCUACCCUUAAAAAGAGUACUUGAAAUUUGGAAAGCACAGGAAAAUCCCUUAUCUUUCCUCAGAUUACCAGCUGUGAAUAAGCUGCAUUAAUUACCUGUAGGAGGUUAUUAGCAACACUGUUUGAUUACUUUGAUCAACAGUACAAGUUCAUUUAAAACUUUUUUUAAAAAAAGAAACACAACAGCACUAAAACCACCACCUUUCUAUCCAGUCUCAUCUGCCAACACAACUUUUAUUGCUGCUGUCCUCACUUGUUCUAUGUGCUGUAGAGAACAGGUAGGAAACCCCAGGUUUAAAAGCCAUUUUUCAAAUACUUCCAAGCUUCCCCUUUCUACACUGUAAAUGUCUUUCAAUUAAUUCCUAGCAUAUGCAAAGUUACCACUAUUAUAAUUUUCACAAUCAAGAACUUGUAUGUAUUUUCCUCUCAAAAAAUUUAAGCACAUUUUCUCAAAUACCCUGCUUUUUAUUCAGGUGGUAACUUCUGACUGUUUCCAGUUAUUUUUGACCUGUGUAAACAGUUCUUGUUACUUAAUCUUAUGAACAUAUUUCCUUCUACUCAUCUGACAAAGCCUUUUGAAUGCAUUUGUCACUGGUUAUAUUUUAACUGUAACUUUGAUGUUCAGUGCUGUCAUUUUCUUGGGGGAGACAUAGCAAUAUUUUAAACUCUGCUAGCCUCUACAUUAUUUUGUAAAACAAUUUCCAAAUAAACAUUUAUGCUGGUUCAUCAUAGCAAAAGAGAAAA